AAGCCCAGGCCCAGGAUGUCUUCUUCCUCCUCCUGGCAAUGAUGAGCUCGCUCAACUGAAAAAAAGGCAACGAUGAGCUCGCAACUGGUAAUGGCGGCUCCUCGCCAUGUGUUCGAGAGCAGGAAGGGCAGGGCAGGGUACUUGAGGCCGAAGCACGGGGGUGACCAUGGCCUUCGCUGGCCCUCCCUUGGCUCCGCCACUGAGCCGCAUACCUCCUCCUCCGGCCAGCAGCUGCUCCCCGCGCGCGCCCCUCGCUCUCUACACACGGAAUCACCCAGGCGACAUGUCAUAUAUAGCACAGUGCGCCUCUUCUCGGAGCAAGCCAAGAACAUCAGAAGGUGAAGCUACAGUUGCUGCACCUUCAGCAGCUGUCCAGGGUUGUUCUGCUCCUCUGGUUCAGGCACCGGUGGGAUGGGAUCAACUGCAGCUCAAGGCGUUUCCUGCUUUCACUUCCCUGGACACAACCGAGGGAAAGCUGCUCUCCGUCCUCCUUGUCGAAACCUUAUUGGCAAAUCCCACGAGAGAGGUCUCCAAAGGUGUGACCCUGUCUGCUCUGCUAGAGUGUUAAUCAGGCAUAGCUCCUCAGCGCGCUAAACACAUACUGUAUUAAAACAACAAAUUCAAUACAUUACAUUAC